GGAAGCAACACAUCGUAAAAAAAAAAGAGUUGAAUUCCUCGACUGCUGCAUUUUCCUCGAUCUUUCCACGAAGUGACACCCCCCAAUUUGUUGUUUACUGUUUUUUGAAUAAUUUUUUUGCAUCUUCCAAUUGUUUUGGUCAGCAUUUCUGCCUGUCUAACCCUCAAAACAUCUUCAAUACUUCACGGGUGAGUGCAGCUGGUUGUCAGAUCUGUAAUGAUGUCAGUGGUUGGUGCACUGAUCGGAGGAUGUAGCAGUUAACGACUGGAUAAUUGAGAUAAGGCCCCCACCCUCGAGCCAAUGGAUCCAGAGAUAUUGCACCCCAGAGCAAUGAAGAGAUCGCGAGUGCAGUGUAAACUGCGUGAGGAUGACACCCUAAACCUGGAGGAGACCCUGCUGUCGUUCAACGGUCCGAUCGGCCAGGAGCAGGCGUGGGCAGUCUGUCAUCAAACAGCGAAAUUUCUGUCCCAACUGCCCUCCGCUCGUCUCCAGGAGCUCCACAGUCUCAGUCAAAUUCUCCUCCACAAAGAUGGCCACGUACUCCUCGAUCUGCCUGGGGUGGAGUACGUGUCCGAGAAGAAGGUCAUCCUUUCUGUGGGUGUACUGAUUUAUCAGGCACUGGAUUUUGGAUUGGAUCAAAGGGAGGAGAGACUUUUGGCUCUCGAUCUCAAGGAUCUCAUGAAUCUCAUGGGGAGCUGCAUUGAGGAUUACGGGAGUGAUGAGAGACUGCAGGAGACUGACGACGAGGGCAUUGGCAGGGAUUCCGAGGUCGAACUCGAUGAGGAUAAUUCGUCGUACAGUGGUCAUAAUAACGAUUAUUGCACUUUGAAACAUAUUGUUCAGGUUUGCGCCAGGCAUAUCCAGGGAACUGAUGAUCAGGCAGACAGUCAUUAUCGGGCUGUGAUCAGGGCGUUUGUUCAUGAAGCUCUGGAGCUCUCCCAGUUCCUCGAGAAAGUCGGUGGUGAGAGGUUCCAAUCAAAUCUCAGGAAUCUCCCUAACAACGAACGCUAUGGAGUGUCCUCCCAGCACCUGGACACUAUGAAUUUUGAUGACUGGACUGACAUUCGGAUUUGGAGGGCUAUUCAGGCGAGAUUCUGGGUGCAAGUGAUCGGCGAGCUUCGUCACGGGAUAAAACUGAAGAAAGUCGAGGAGAACCUGAAGAAACGAGGAAAAGUGAAAGAUCGAGGGACUGAAUUCGAAUUGACACCUUACGAAAUUCUGAUGGACGAUAUCAAAGAGCGGAGAUACAAUUUGAGAAAAACAUCUGGACCUGUUCGCAAUGUGAGGAAAGACGCUCGUGCUGUCGUAUUGGAAUUCAUCAGGAGUCGACCCCCUUUGAAGAAGGCAUCAGACAGGCAACUCCCGCCCCGAAAAAAAGAAUCCACAAUUCGGGAAUUGCUUAUGGAGAGCAUAAAGAAACCCCCGAGACCUCUUCGCUCCUGCAGGGAGCGUCAACUCCAGGAGAAAAAACCGAUAGAUCCCCAGGGUGCAUCGACCCCCGAGCCAUCCCAGGACUCAUCGAAGCCGCCGAAGAAGCUGAUUCCGGUGGACUUUGACCUGAAACUCGACGGCGAAGAGGAUUCCGACUCCGACGACUCCGUCUACGCAGUGACACGUUUCGAGGACGACAAGGAGCCACCAGCUCACCAGUGCAUCGACCGUGAAGACGACGACGAGGACAAGGGUUCGGCGAAUCCCUGGAGGAAAACCGGUGGCCUCCGUCUGACGAGAAAUGAGUAUCACCGUUUCUGCGACGCACAACUUGAGUCGUACGACCUGGCGACCCAGUGCCCAUCACGCCGAGCAUCAGUGAGAAAACACAGAGGGCCGAGGAACAUCGCCCCGUCGUUCAUCCCUCUGGGUACAUGCUCAGUGCCCCACUCUCGUCCGCAAAGUAGAAUCAGUGGUGUAGGGGACAGCGUAAAGAUGAGCCUAUCACCAUCUCCAAAUAUUUCUCCAAGUGUUAGCCCCAGACCGAGGGAGAGAACACUUUUAAAGUCCCACACAACAGUCGAUCCUAAUUACAAUCCACCCCAGGAGAAGAAGCCCUCCCUGGGUGAUAUGCUUCUAGACGAGAGGCUAUCCCUCACCCUUGAAGAGAUUGUCCACAUCAGGAGUGUCCUGACGAAGGCCGAGCUCGAGUCACUCCCCGUCGAGGGGCGCGUCAAGGAGGACGUGGAGAAGAGGAGGGUGUGCUUCCUCUGUCUUAAGACGAGAUUUGGAUUGCUUGGGCCCUGGGGCCAGAGGUGUAGACUCUGCGAGAGAACAGUCUGCGUGAAAUGCUACUCGAAAAUGCGCAUUCCAACUGAGCAUUUUGCUCAUGUACCCGUGGUUCUGCUGUCACCGGGUAUCCUCAUGUCGCCAGGCUCGGAGGACUCCACCAGGGGAUGGCCCAGACCUGGUGGUGCUGUUGGAUCAGCUCCAGCGUCACCGGCUCAUCGACGCAGGGAAGGAAAUCUCAGCAAUCAGUCGAAUACACCACUGUCUACACCAAAUCCUGCCACCCCUGCUGAUGGUCUCACACCGAGGGACGAGAGCACUGACAGAAUCAAGUAUCCUAGGGUUGGGGGCAGUCCCAGCAGAAUGACAACGAGUGCCACUGGCAGUCUUGGCGUUGGCACUGAGAGACUCGUUGCUGAGAGGAUGAGGGGUGUUUCCAUGGUUGUUUGUCAUGACUGCAGGAUCAUGGUCAUUCAGAUCAUUAAGAGCUCCAGAAGCACCAGAGCUACUAUUCGCAACAAUGUUAUCUCACGACUUACACUGAAUUUAUCACCUGCGUAUGUUUAAGGGAAAAAAAUGGAAAAUUCAAGACAGAUUUUAUUCUGGAAAAACCCCAAGGGAAAGUCAGGUUUUUUUUUCCUGGAAAUUCUGUCCCCAGGGGAAAGUUGGACAUUUAUUCAUUUUUUUGGGGAAUUUGACCUCCAGGGGAAGGGAAAGAUUCAGACAUUUUUUUUGUUAGAGUUCAGUUGAGUUUCCGAUGGGAAAAAAAGAAAAAUGAAAAAAAAAAAAACAUUAGUGAUAAUGAUUCUAAGUUAGGGAGACAGUACAGGUAAUUGUGACGUGGUGGUGGUAAUAUUUUUAGGAUCUAUGGGGCCCAAAUCGUAAGUUUUUCGAUUGUACACCUAUCAAGACCGUCACAAGAGCAUCUCCAGGAUGAAAUCAAGGGAUAUCUCGGGAUGUAGGGGUUUUAAGAAAAAAUGUGAUAAGAAAUUUUCGUUUGGAAAUUCAGUUUCCCAUGAAAAUCCUCCCCAAUGUUUUCUCCUAAAUCAACUUACUACCGAGAUAAUCGAAGUUGAAAUUUUCAAUUAAUUACGUUUUAGUAAUUAAAAAAAUGAAGGAUUUCCUCGAGAAUAAAUUCAACUGCACGGGAAUAAAUAUUUCUUCCAAUCAAAUAACUUUCAUCUCGUGCAAUGAGAUUUAUUCCAAAUGUCAGGUCAUGCUCGGUGAUGUUUUUGGUGAUAAAUUUGAUGAAUUGGAUAAAAAAAUCGAAUAAAAUUUGUGUUUAUCAUUCGAAUCGAUCAAAAGUAGUUACUAAUGAUGGCCUAAUAAUUGGAACCUAGUGAUUUAACGGAACACGUGACAAAAAAAUUUAUGUAAAUAGGUAAAUCGAUUGAGAUUUGAAUAGUUAAGGGAUUGUCGGCCUUGGAACCGAGCAAUAUGUCUUCAGCGUACAGUUAAUCGCGCAAAAUAAUUUGCAAUCAGUUGUAAUAAUUAUCCAGAGUAUGUGUAAAUGAUGAUGCAUGAGAUUUUGAUGUAUCCCGUUGAUUCGGUGAUGAAGUCAAUGAAACAGCUCAGAGAAGUGAUCGAACAGUGAGAAUUUAUGAUCCCUGGAUUUAUUUAUUUCGACAUUCCCUGGUGUUUCAUCCAGAGGACGAGAUUCUGGGCUUUUUCUCGGUGACAGCUGAUCGAUAUAUGGGCAGGCCCCAACGUAUUUAAUCUAUUUAUGUAUAUCGCCGUUGACUGAAAGUAGAAAUCGAGGGGACAAUAGGGCACAACCAAUUUUCCAAAUUUCAUUCCGACAUUCCAAAUUCCAAAAAAUUCCAAAGAAAGAAUCUAUUCCUGAAUUAUUGCUGUCGAUAUUUUCAUUCAAUCUCGAAUACGUGGGGUGGAUAGAACUUCAAUAAAGAUUGAAUAUAAUUUUGAUGAGAAAGAUCAAAUUUUUCUAUUAAAUUUUCUCACACUUUUGUGGAUUAUUUAUAGAAAAUUCGUUUUGCCACUUUCUCCCCUGAAUAUAGAGUAGGCGUAUAGAAAAUCGAAUGAAUAUUAUAUACAUAGUGUGGUACAUUGAGAUCUAUGACUAGAUAUGUCAUUUCGUUGGUUCAUGAGUCAUCAUGUAUUAUAUAAAUAUUAUACAUGUUAAAAUAAUAACAAAUGUCUCACCAGUUGAGCUCAACACUGAAUUAUCACGGAUUGAUGAACAGGGAUGGAUUAUUUUUUUUGUUUAUGUUCACAUUAGACUAUUUAUAUGACUGAUUUUGUGAGAGUCAACACUUUUUAUUGUUUAUUUCGGGUUUGGAGUAAGAUGUUCAAUUAAAUUUUUCUAAUUCAAUCAAUUAGCUAAUGAGAUAAUUGCAAGAAAUUUCACCUCUCAAACUCAAAUGAUUUUAUUCAGUCCUUUGUUCCUAAGUUUGAAUGAUUUGUUGUCAGAAUUCGUUUACUCGAUUUGUUUUUGCUACUUGAAUUUAAUCAAUUAUUUAUUUAAGAGCGAUCGAUCUCAUUUGUUUGGCAUUUUUACUUAAUAUCCGCAAAUCACUUCGAGAAUAUCUGUAAACCCGGAGAAUCUCGGUGUGAAUUGUCCAAUUAUUUCCGAUGGCUUGGCAAUUAUUGAAUAGAAGCAUCGAACUGUAAAA